GCGGCGUGGCGGUGAGCGAGCGAGAGCGGCUCCACCGGUGCCAACGAAAACAGUACGAGUUACUGCUCAAAAACGGAAAAAGAAGAAGAAGAAGAAAAGGUGUCUCUGCCUCCUCGCUCGUGCGUCGUGCCGAGCCGAAUCCCAUCCCAAAGCGAUCGCGCGAGGACCUGAGCCGGGAAGAGGGAGACCGCCGCCGCGGCAACGAGAGCCCGUUCCCGUUCCCAUGGGCGACGACAAGUCUCCGCUGAGUGGCCGCGACCGCGACCGGGAGCUCCUCAUCCCCGUCGGCGGCGGCGGCGGUGGCUCGGCCCCCGGCGACGGCGACGAGGACGGGGACAGGCCCUCAUCCUCCUCCGCCUCCGCCGCGCUCUCCUCCUCCGGCCGCGAGGCUUUCCAUAAGGUGAUCCGCAGUUGGGCUUCAAAGAAGUUCAUGACUGGAUGUGUAAUUCUCUUCCCCAUAGCAAUAACAUUCUACAUCACCUGGUGGUUCGUUCAUUUUGUUGAUGGAUUCUUUUCACCAAUCUAUGCUCAGCUGGGAAUCAAUAUAUUUGGUCUUGGCUUCAUCACCUCUGUUACUUUUAUAUUUUUUAUUGGAGUCUUCAUGUCAUCAUGGGUUGGAGCAUCAGUCCUUAGCCUUGGCGAGUGGAUUAUUAAGCACAUGCCACUUGUCCGACAUAUCUACAAUGCAUCCAAGCAAAUAAGUGCUGCAAUAUCACCAGAUCAGAACAAGCAGGCAUUCAAGGAAGUAGUCAUCAUAAGGCAUCCUCGUGUUGGAGAAUACGCGUUUGGUUUCAUUACCUCAUCAGUAUCGCUCCAGAGUUAUUCUGGUCAAGAAGAUCUUUACUGCGUCUAUGUCCCUACCAACCAUCUUUACAUUGGUGAUAUCUUCAUGGUGAAUUCAAAGGAUGUCAUAAGGCCGAAUCUUUCUGUGCGUGAAGGCAUUGAGAUUGUUGUAUCUGGUGGUAUGUCAAUGCCCCAAAUUCUGUCAACCCUCGACCCACAAACGAUCCUUGGGGACAGAAUUGGAUCAAGCAGAAGCUGAUAUGACUAUUUGUGUACCUUUUCUACCUACAAGUAACAUUUUUAUACAGGCUACCACUAGCGCAGCAAAUGUAUUAGUACUCUUCACGCUUGAACAUCACACAAGCAUCUGUAAAUUAAGUAGAAGUAGGCGACUCGCAUGAUUUGAUUGUACUUUGGAGUGUGUAUCUUGGUUUCUACUGCACUUUAUGCAAGAAAGAUGCUGCUACA